ACACACACACACACACACACACUCCUCUCCCCCUUCUAAUACCAACAUUCGAUCAAGAACUUCCACAAGAUAAUGACGCACGCUGUCCAGCAGGGGGCGUCUCACGGUGACAUGAUUGUGCACUUGAACUUUUCUGUCUCGUUUUGGUCGUUAAAACUCAUGGGUGGGCGCGCGUCAGCGUGGACGACAGGACGAGGAUGAGCACGAAGAUAGGGAUGAGGACGAGGGCGAAGAUGAAGGGGAGCGCACCGCUGCUGAAGUCACUUUCUGCCCCACGUCCAUUCACCAGGCGUAAGCGGAGCGUCCUGUAAAGUCCGAGUCUGAGCUCAGCAAUUAGGAUUUUACUACAAGCGAGGCUCCACAGAAUCAGAUCCGCGGUGUGCGGUGAACCUCUUUAAGAUUUCAUUAGGUCGAGCACGCGCCUGUGCUGGGUUUCGUAAGUGCCUCGCUCCGUCUUUUCCUCACCCUUAUUUUGGUUUGCCUUGCACUGAUGGCAGUCAUUACGCGCGUACUGUAGCCAGCCAGGCUCACGCGCAGUUGCCUCCUUUUAUAUAUAUAUAUCAGCUAAUGACUGAAGAGUCUUUCCCCCUGGGUGCUGAGAGGGUCUCUGAACUGGGAUAUUGAGCCCGCAGUGUGUGUGCGUGUGUGCCCCUCUCCGCUCCUUCAGCAGCAGACUGGCGGGUUGCUGCUCGGGCACUAUGGAGAAACCCAAGGAUGAGAGUAGCAGCAGCAGCGGCGGCGGCGCUAAAGGGCAAGAGGCGACAUCCUACCAGCGGAGGAUGUGGAGGAAUUUCCAGGAGAAGACCAAGCCGUUUCUGAGCCCCAAGCUGGGCUCGGAGAGACGCGGCGCGGACGGUGGUGGUGGUGGUGGUGGUAAGAAAGAGACAGGGUUGUGGAUGUUCAAGCGGAAAAAGAAACAGGCGCUGGACCGGAUCAUCUCGUCCUCUCAGCCCAACCUGAGCGCCUCUCCUCCGCCCUCUCUGGCUGCUAUAGCCGAGCCGGGCUCCAGCACCGGGCCGGUUGGAGCUAGCGGAGCUGCGGCUAACAAACCCGAGCUUUCUGUUUCAGCUCAAGGCAGCCCGCAGCUCACUGUAGCCCACCUGGCUCUGUCCCAGCAGCAGAAGAGCUCGUCCUUGGGCUCGGCGUGCUUCGAGAAACUAGUGGUCGAGUCUGCAGCGUCCAGUGAGGAUGAGCUGGGGAAAAACGCCAGCGAUUCGGGCAUUAACAUCGUGGGGCCGAGUAAUGCAGAUCCACCUGCCCCUGUCCACCCCGGGAUGUACCAGCUGGACAUCGUGCUGAAGAAAGGGAAUAAUCUCGCAAUCAGAGACAGAGGAGGUACUAGUGACCCCUAUGUGAAGUUUAAGAUCGCAGGGAAAGAAGUUUUCCGCAGCAAGACCAUACAUAAGAACCUGAACCCGGUAUGGGACGAAAAAGUCAGCCUUCUGGUGGACAAUCUGAGAGAACCACUCUAUGUCAAGGUCUUUGACUAUGACUUUGGGCUGCAGGAUGACUUCAUGGGCUCUGCGUAUCUUUAUCUGGAGUCCCUGGAGCAUCAUAGAACCCUGGACGUGACCCUUGACCUGAAAGACCCGCAUUACCCUGACCAUGACCUGGGCACUUUGGACCUGGCAGUGACUCUCACACCUAAAGAAGGGGAUAUGAGAGAAGCUACCAUGCUUUUGAGAAGGAGCUGGAAAAGAUCCAGUAAGCAGCAGAGUCUGAGGUUAUCAGAUGUCCACAGGAAAGCCCAGCUAUGGAGAGGAAUCGUCAGCAUUAGUUUGAUCGAAGGCCGUAACCUCCAGCCCAUGGACAAUAACGGCUUAAGUGACCCUUAUGUCAAAUUCAGAAUGGGCCACCAAAAAUACAAAAGCAAGACGAUACACAAAACAUUAAACCCUCAGUGGAGAGAACAGUUUGACUUCCACUUGUAUGAUGAGCAGGGUGGCUUUAUAGAUAUCACUGUCUGGGAUAAAGAUGCUGGCAAGAAAGACGACUUCAUGGGCAGGUGUCAGGUGGAUCUGUCUGCCCUCCCUAAAGAAUGCACACACAGGCUGGACCUCCCACUGGAGGAGGGCGAGGGCACUCUAGUGCUGCUGGUCACCCUGACUGCCUCCGCCGCUGUCUCCAUCUCAGACCUGUCAGUCAACAUGCUGGAUGAUCCACACGAGAGGAGAGAGAUCCUGCACAGAUAUAGUCUGCUAAGAUCCCUCCACAACAUUAAAGACGUGGGCAUGGUACAGGUGAAGGUCAUUCGGGCAGAGGGACUGAUGGCAGCUGAUGUUACAGGCAAGAGUGACCCCUUCUGCGUCGUGGAACUCAGCAACGACCGCCUGCAGACGCACACCGUGUACAAAAAUCUCAACCCAGAGUGGAAUAAAGUCUUUACAUUCAACGUGAAAGACAUUCACUCCGUGCUGGAAGUUACGGUUUACGACGAGGAUCGAGACCGGAGCGCUGACUUCUUGGGCAAAGUGGCCAUUCCGCUAUUAAGCAUCCAAAAUGGUGAACGGAAAGCUUACGCCUUGAAAAGCAAGGAGCUGACAGGGCCAACAAAAGGGGUCAUCUUUCUCGAACUAGACGUGAUUUAUAAUGCUGUGAAAGCUGGUCUCAGGACACUGAUACCCAUCGAGCAGAAGUACAUUGAAGAGGAGCCUCGAGUUUCUAAACAGUUGCUAUUGCAGAACUUCAACAGAGUGAGGCGCUGCAUCAUGUUCCUCAUCAACGCUGGCUGCUACAUCAACAGCUGCUUUGAGUGGGAGUCUCCUCAGAGGAGCAUCUGUGCCUUCCUUCUCUUCAUAGUAGUGGUGUGGAACUUUGAGCUCUACAUGAUCCCACUGGCUCUGCUGUUGCCCUUGGCCUGGAACUACAUCCUCAUCGCCUCGGGAAAGGACACCAGACAGGGAGACGUGCAAGCAGUGGAGGACUUGCUGGAGGACGAGGAUGAAGACUAUGACAGGGAUGACAAGGUGCCAGGCUCUGUCCCCUCCCAUGAUGGACGGCUGCCCGAAAGCCAUAUCCUUGAGGAUAUUUUGGCUUCCUGGCACUUUGAGUGGAUUCGCGUGAUGGUGGACUCAGAGAAAAAGGGUUUCAUGAACAAGCUGUAUGCCAUUCAAGAUGUGUGUAUCAGUGUGCAGAGUGCACUGGAUGAAGUGGCCUCCUACAGCGAGAGGAUAAAGAACACUUUCAACUGGACCGUGCCUUUUCUCAGCUGGCUGGCCAUAGUGGCACUCUGUGUAGCCAUUGUUAUAGUUUACUUCAUUCCCCUCAGAUACAUCGUCCUGGCCUGGGGGGUGAACAAAUUCACGAAGAAGCUGCGAGACCCGUACACCAUUGACAACAACGAACUGCUGGACUUCCUCUCCAGAGUGCCCUCCGACGUGCAAGUGGUGCAGUACAGAGAGCUGAAACUGGAUCCCAGUCACAGCCCAAAUAAAAGAAAGAAAAAUAACCCGGGGUAGCUCUCUUCCCUCUCUGAUGGACUUCCCCAAACCAAACUUACGAACUUAGCACGCCAAGGAGAAAAGCACUGGUCUGGACCGGCUAGGUGUUCUGUCCUUCUUUCUUUCUUUCAUUCUUUCUUUCUUUCAUCAAUCUUUUCUUUCUGUCUCUCUUUAAUCCUCCAUUCCUUGACAGUGUACAGUCCGAAGGAGUGCAAAUGGUGAAUGUGAAAAAGAGGAGCACUUUUAAUUAUUACCAUGAGGGUUUCUGCCAUACUUGUUUACUUUUUUGUGCAGAGGAGAGUGUGAAAAGCUCUUGACCCCUUUUAGAGUCAUAGAGCCGGAGCUAUUUGUCACUGGAUGGCACUAGGCAGACGGCUCUAAAAGCCAAGGUGUCCUUCUAGCGCAGCAGAGGGAGUCUGGAGCGAACGGCUUCAGCCACAAAUAGCAGGAUCAGCUGAUAAUACACCCAACUGCACUGAUACGUCUCAUCUCUAUCUUGUAGGGGAAAUCUAGAGUUUGCACCCUGCAAUUUCCACAGCACAGUGAGUGUUAUACCCAAAGCCCUCCGCAGCUGUUAGGCAGCAGUUAUUAGAGUUGUCAGCAAAGCCUGUUACAGUUCGAUUUAUGGCUGUAACUAAAGUGCUUGAAGAAAAAACACAACUUUCUGGCCCAGGAGCCAGUAUUCAUAAAUCUUGGAUAUUUAUUUUUUACAUAAUUCAGAUGGUAUAAAUGAUACAUGCUCGGUUUAUUUGUUAUUAAAUAAAAAACUGGCAAUGUCAAUAUCAGUACUAUCCAUGUUAGUUUAAGGGGGGCAUUUCACAAAGCAGCAUUUCUCAGUAGCGCAAAAAAGUGAGAGUUGUCAAAUACAAAUCUGUAUUAGCUCUUCUCAUAAGAGACUCGCUUGACUUUAGCCUUAACCCUGAGACGUCUUGAUUUAUUACUUUCAUUUUGCCAUACUAUUCAAAUGUAGUUACAUAAUUAUUACAUAAUUAUUGCUUAUUGAAUUACUUGGUUUGUCAUGUCUAUUAAUAAUCUAUUAAUUACAUAUCAUUCAGAUCAAAUUACAACAUCAUUUUUUAUCACUGUUGAUAACUGCAUCUUCUAAGGGUUAUGUUAUCUGGAUAGCUGAGAAUUUGUGCUUUAAGAAACGUGAAAAAAUCCAUUUUGGUCACUGAGGAUCAGUCUAGUCUAACUCUGCCCUCCUCCACAGUAUCACUAGCCUUGCCCCCCACACCCUAUGCUGCAGUGUGCGAGGUUUGCCACGAGGUGCCACCCUGCUAAUAUGAAUGCGGGCGUGGUUAGAUGGAAUGGCGCGUGUGUGGCGGUUGAGCGCCAUGCUAAUUGCUAAUCGUAUUUGAGAAGCGUCUCCUUUCCUCUGACCUACACUGGCGCUGCUGCACCACCAAACCCCACCCGACUCCCACACAGCUCUCCACUUUGAUCUCUCUCUCAAGACGGGCCACUGUGUGAGGAGGGAAGGCUAAACACUGAAAAAGAAGUAAUGCAUUGAAUUUACCUGAUUCAGUUGUGUCAUUUCUACAUGGAUACAAUAUGUUUCAAUACAGUUGUUGCAAAAAGUAAGUAAAUCGAAAGAAAAAACUUUACUGAUGUGAUAUAAAUCAUGUAAAACUGAAUGAAGUAAAUUCAGUGCUUUUUCAGUUGGGAUGACAUGGACUGAGAGAGAGCAAGUCUGAGCACUUUGCAUGCCCCUCUACAGUGUUUACUAUCCAAAAUUCAUGACAGGCAGCCUCACUUAGGCAAACAGCUCCGUGGUGUUUUUCAUUGUGGGGAAUAGUCUUCUUGACGAAAACAUCGAUAGUGUGUGACAAGCUGCUUCAGGGACUUGGCAGGGGUGCGGCGAGGGCAGGAGUUUAGCGCCGCUGCUGCUGGGGAAGGAAGAGGACUAGGAGGGCAUGGUUUGCUCUUUUUGUUUCUCUUUUUGAACCUCUUCCUGUCAUCCUUCUCUAAGUUCUGCACUCUCUCUGCCGUUUCCUCUCCUUCAUCCAUCCAUCGGAGAGGGAGGUCACGACUUGGCCUGUGGGGGGAGCCUCUUGAGGGACCUCUGCAGAGCAAGUGUUGAAAGAUCACAGCAAAAAAGUGCCAUCAGAGGAGGCUUCCAUUCUGCUCCAGUCCCUCUAUGAGAAAAGAAGAAGAGGAAGACGAAAAAAAAUCCCUUCUGGCUUCUCUUCUUUUUGUACGAACACAUCUGUCAUAUGGAAAGCCCAUUGAUUUGUUUGAGAGCAUUCCUUACAAAGACAACAUGCUCCCCAUUGACCAACUCACUGAUGGUACUGAUGUGAUCCCCAUUAAAAAAGAAGAACAACAACUCUUGAAGAACAGUUUGAAACUGCUGAAAAAGGACUCUUUUCUAAGCCUGAAUGUGUAUGUGCUGUUCAACUUUCUUUUAAUUGUUCAGUGGAUAUAUCGUGUGUGAUUUUUGCAUCCCAAAAAAUAAGAAAGAAAUCUGUUUUCUAAAGGCGUAUAUGCUAUGUUUGCAAGCAAACCAAAGUGGAACUUUUUAACAAUAAGAAUAAAGACCAAUAUCAAUGCAGAAUGUAACAUUUCCAUCAAAGGCAAAAGGGAAAAAACGCACUUUGAUUUGCACCGAUUUUUGAAACUAUUUAUUUGAGCUUUGUUUUUAAACCGUGUAAAUAUUCUUCUUGUACAUUAUAUAUAUGCUUGUAAAUGGUCAGAUGUUCAUGAUGUAUAGUUGUAUGUGCAUCAUUUUUUUUCUUGAAAAUGUUUGAGCCUGCAGUGUUGCCUGUUCCAUCAUCAUUAAGCUUCCAGCGAUUGGAUGAAGUGGGAAUGAAUGCAGGUGAAGGCAGACAACAGGAGAACAGCGCUGAAAUAUUUCAAAUAAAUGCACCAGAUAUUAUGUCUGUUACUUUUGGAAAGAAAAACUAUGGAGAUUAUUAAAUAUUUUUUAUCAUCUCUU